CGAUUUCUUCUUCUUCCUCUCGAACGAAUCCCCUUCCCCUUCCGCUCGACUCCAACUCCGGCGCUGCUCCAUUCUCGGCGGCGCGAGCUGCGAGGCGUGGGCGGAAUGGAGGGGCAUCGCCGCGGCGAAGCGGACGACGAGGAGGAGGAGCUGGGGCUGCGUCUCGGCCUCGCUAGCGCCGGCGCUUCCGCCGCGGCGGCGGCGGCAGGCGAGCCGCCGUCGGUGGGGAUGGAGUUCCCGACGUCGGAGGCGGCCAGGGAGUUCUACUGCGCCUACGCCGACCGCGCCGGGUUCGCCGUGCGCACCGACAAGUCCCGCCGCUCCCGCCGCGACGACUCCGUCAUCAUGCGCCGCUUCGUCUGCACCCGCGAGGGGUUCCACCCCACCAGGCACGACGACCUCACGGAGUCGGAGGCCGCCGCCGGGAAGAGGCGGCGGAAGCGCCUCAUCAUCCGGGAGGGGUGCAUGGCCAUGUGCGAGGUCACCAAGAAGGAGCCCCCCUUGCGCUGGGUCGUCACCAAGUUCGUCGCCCACCACGUCCACCCCGUCUCGCUCCCGCUCUGCCCCCGCCCUCCUCCCGCCGGUGAGUCCGAUGGUCUCGCCGGAGAGCACGCCGCAGCAUUGGAUGAACCUACCCAAGCCGCCACCGAACCCUCGGACGAACCCACCGGAGCUCCUGCUGCAGUGGGCAAUGGGGCGCCCAAUGGAGGGCCAUCCUUCUGCAAUAGGCUCGUCAGAGCGAAUCCAGCUGGGGUGCGUGCCGAGGUGCAAGAUUUGCUCGAUUACCUCAGGAAGAUGCAGGCCGAGAGCCCGGGAUUCUUCUACGCGAUGCAGGUAGAUAGCGGCAAUUGCGUGACCAAUGUGUUCUGGGCUGAUGCAAAGGCAAGGAUGGCAUACAAGAGCUUUGGAGAUGCAGUGACAUUUGAUACCACAUACAGGAAGACCAAGUACAUGAUGCCGUUCGCGGUGUUCCGGGGAAUCAACCAUCAUUUGCAGGGGAUCAUAUUCGGGUGCUGUCUGCUGAUGGAUGAGACAAAGAGUUCAUACACCUGGUUGUUUGAUACAUGGCUUGCUGCAAUGGGUGGCCGCCAACCUGAUCUGCUGGUGACAGACCAGUGUAAGGCGAUGGAAGCAGGAAUUGCGAGGGUGUUGCCCAACACCCGCCAUCGUUUCUGCCAGCGGAACAUUUUGAGCCUAUGUAAGCAGAAGUUGUCUGCUGUGUAUAUACAGCACAUCAACCUGAAAGCUGAUCUGAGGGAAUGUGUCUUUGAGGCUGAGACAAUUGAGGAGUUUCAGGCUCGGUGGGACUAUGUCAUCCAUAAGUAUAAUCUCGAGGAGAACACUUGGCUUCAGUCGUUGUAUGACACUCGGCAGCAAUGGGCUUGGGUGUAUCAGAAGGGAUCCUUCUUUCCAGAGUUACUCAAGUCGCAAAGAUCUGAGAGGCUGAACAAGUUUUUUAAGACGCAUUUCAACAUGAAGACUCCACUGCUUGUUCUUAUCUCUAGGUUUGAUCAAGUGAUGGCGUUGAGUUUCGAGAAGGAAGCUCAAGCAAACUUUGUGACAGCAUAUUCAAAGCCUACCCUGAAAACUCCUUCUGUAAUUGAAAGGCAGGCUGCGGCCAUCUAUACAAGGGCAGUGUUUGACAUAUUUCAGGAGGAAUUUAUCGAAUCGCUAGGCUAUCAUGCUGAUAAAAUUGAGGAUGGAGUUAUCCUCAAGUACAAUGUGGCCAGUGAGGAAGAAAAUGGCCGGGGCUAUAUAGUCUCUUUCAACCAGCUGGACAGGAAAGCAGAGUGUACAUGUUGCAAGUUUGAGUACGCUGGUAUAUUAUGCAGGCAUGCGCUAAGAAUCUUCUUCAUGGUCGGGGUUCGGAAUCUACCGGAGGAAUACAUCAUGAAGAGGUGGACAAUGGAUGCUGUGAGUAGUGUUGUACCAGACGAGCGAUCGUUGGAGACUGGAGUUAGCUUUCCUGAGCGCCUAGUUGCUUGGUACAACGAUCUCUCUCUCGACGGUUUGACAUACGGAAUGAGAGGAGCCAUGUCACCAGAAGUUUACAAGGUUGCAAAGGCUGCACUUCAGAAAGCAUUUGAUGAUGUCUUGGCUGCGAAAUAUCAGCAAAUGAGUGAGCAUCAGGACAUGCCUUUGCCAAAGUCGCAAGCUAAAAGGACACAUACAAGAGCAUAGUUCAGCAUGAUCUGGUACAUGAAAGGGAAACACCAGAUGACCGGCCGUGUGGAAGUUUGUAGCAUGAGUAGCUUGAUUCUCACUAACCUAGCAAGAUUAGCAUGGUUUCUGCAUGGCAGAUAGGAGAGUAUUGUGCAUCAUCUCCAGCAGAGUAUUCAGAGAUAAGCUGGCAUUUGUUAGAUGUGUACAACUAUCAUCAUAGGAUAUGCUCAUUUUGUGCUUGUGCAAAUGGAAGAUUGAACCCCACCCAUCAAUCUUGUUGACUGUUCUUCCGGGCUUCAGUUGCACCGAGGCACUCAAUUCAAGAAUUUUUUUCGUUUUUAGAUUUUUUUUUA